GGGGGGGGCGGGAGGGAGGUGACGUGAGGGGCCGGUGCGAUGCGGUGGCGGCUGCUGUGGGCGCUGUGCGCCUGCUGCUGGGGCUGCGCCUGGGGCAAGACGCUGCGGGGCGGCUUCGUCAGCGCCGCCGCCCGCCUGCAGCCCUGGCGGCCCCUGGCGCGCUUCCAGUUCCACGGUGACCAUGCUGUUCUGUGUGUCAGAAUCAACAACGUAGCAGUAGCUGUGACAAAAGAAGCUAGACUUCACCUGUUUCAAGCACAGGAAUGGCUGAAGCUGCAGAACAGUAUCCAAGAUCACAGCUGUACAGAGAAAUUCUAUAAAGCUCAACUGACAAUGACUGUGAACCACACAGAGCAAAAUCUGACAGUGUCCCAGAUUCCUUAUCCGGAAACAUGGUAUGUGUUUUAUGUAGACAAGUUUACCUGCGAAGAGAAUUAUUCUGAAACCGAGGAUAUUCAGUUUGAAAUGGUCUUACUAAAUCCAGAUGCAGAAGGGAAUCCAUUAGAUCACUUUAGCGCAGGGGAAUCUGGAUUACAUGAAUUCUUUUUCCUGCUUGUUCUAGCAUACUUCUUAACUGCUUGCAUAUAUGCACAGUCCCUAUGGCAAACAAUUAAGAAGCGUGGACCUAUGCAUACUGUAUUAAAGGUGCUGUCAACUGCAUUAUUGUUGCAGGCUGGUUCAGCUUUUGCCAACUACCUCCAUUUCUCAAGUUAUUCCAAGGAUGGAAUAGGAGUACCUUUUAUGGGAACUCUGGCAGAAUUGUGUGACAUAGUCUCUCAGAUACAAAUGCUGUAUUUAUUGUUGAGUCUGUGCAUGGGUUGGACAAUAGGCAGAAUGAAGAAAUCUCAUAGCAGACCUCUUCAAUGGGAUUCCACUCCAGCAUCUACUGGCAUUGCUGUAGUAGUUGUUGUUACACAGAGCCUUUUAUUAAUUUGGGAACAGUUUGAAGAUACUAAUCACCACAGCUACCAUUCACAUCAUGGCUUAGCAAGUGGACUGCUUAUUGGCCUCAGAGUUUGCCUAGCUUUGUCGCUGGCUGCGGGUCUUUACCAGAUCAUCACAGUGGAGAGAAGCACGCUGAAAAGGGAAUUCUAUAUCACCUUUGCCAAAGCCUGCAUUCUCUGGUUUUUGUGCCACCCAUGUCUUGCAACCGUUUCUGUAAUAUUCAGAGAAUAUCAAAGAGAAAAGAUUAUUACCAUAGGUGUUAUCCUCUGUCAGAGCAUCUCCAUGGUUAUCCUCUACAGACUUUUUCUCUCUCAUAGUCUAUAUUGGGAAGUGUCUUCAUUAUCAUCAGUGACAUUGCCACUAACAGUAUCCUCUGGACAUAAAAAUCGACAUCACUUCUGAGAUGUUUAGGAAGAAUACGUUAUGUAAUAAAUGUGCAAUAAUGACCCAAACAUACAGGUAUUUAUGUCACAGGUAUGUGAUACAUUGGUUUCACUGGAAAACCGGUUGGUGAUAUCCAGAGCACUUCACGGACCUUUGGUCUGACACAGUCCUUAGAUUAAUCUGUUUCAAGUAUUGCUGAGUGGGAAAAAUCCAUAAUUUGAAUCAUUUCCUGAAGAUGGUUUGUGGGUAGCACAUGGUGCUGAGCCAUGUCACAGAAAAGUACAAUAAUUCUUUUCUCUCCCAUUCACAGCCACAAAAAAUAUCCCUGCUUUGUAUCAAUACUAAGUUUGAAGGUCUUAUAAAAUGCAGUUCUUAAAAUGUCGACAAGCUCCAACAAGUCUGAAAUAGGCCAAUUGUGAAAUUGGUGUGAUGCAUAACAACGAAUACAAGUUCUUUUAUUUUUGUGCUUUAGAAAAAAAUACAUUUUAUGUAUAGGGAUAAAAGGGGAAACAAAAGAGGGAGAGUCCACUAAGAACGUAUAUAAAUGUUUACAACUAACCGUGGGAAAUUUUUCUUUAGUAUUGGUGUAAAAGAAAAGCAUUUUUUGCAAUUACUGUUCAUAUUGGUUAGAAUUGUAAUGGGAAUGGAAAUAGAGUUUAUAUUUUCCUUUUUAAAAAUCUCACCCAGUAAAGUUCUAAACAAUAUUUGAGGCUUAGAAGAUAUAGUAACAUAAAGGUAAUUAAAACAGCAGGCUCGCAAAAAAAAAAAAAGGCAAAGAAAAUGGAAUGGGUGAUGUGGUACUAGAAUUUUAAUCCUGAUAUAAUUCAUUUCUCUUACAUUGAGGAUUCAAUCAUAAUUAAGCCAUAUACACAGAUUAAAUUAACAGAAGCAUUUCAAAUAAAUGUUGGUUUCAGUCAUCAACUACCCAUGAAUUCCUGCCCAAGGAUACUUAAUCAGGAUUAAAUUUUCUAUGAAUAAUUGAAAAACAAAAUACUCACUGGAUUUGUUAUAAUCCAUGUUGGCACUGGGUUCUAAGUAGUUGCCAUCUUCCAUCCAUUGUAAUAAAGCCAUACUACUUUGUGAUGCCCUAGCAUUCAGAAAGCCAGUGUAAAUAUAUACUUUAUUGAAGUGCCUAUUUAUUGAGUAUGAUGAAAUCGUGCUGACAUUUUUUCCUUCGUAAUAAGAACAUACCUAUUACCAUUGUGACUGCAAUCGUUCUCUUGGGAUUUACUUUAUUAUUUUUCAUAUUUUAGAUUUCUCGCCAUACAAGUGUGUUUCUUCACGACGCCGAUUUUAUUUCCUAGUAAACAAAUGUUUGUUUCUUCUUAAUAGUAUGUAUUUAAUUAUGCCUUUUUGAAAAUGUGAAGACACCAGGGUUCUAGCUUUAAAAUAACCCUAACUUUUCCAUGCGUGUUUGCCUCAGCUGUGAGCAUAGUUGAAACAUAAGUCUAUUCCAUUUCAGUUUAGAGGAGAAAGUAGACAUUUGCCUUUGACUAAGGCAAAAUGGCAACAUGACAAAGUUGCUCAUUAAAUCAUCUCCUUUCUUAUUGUUUGUAAUUCAGAUCAAGAAUGGCAGGUUGAGGCUGGAAAAGAUGAGAUAUUAUGAUUUCACACAAUCUUCAGAGUGAUUAAAAGAUUAAUUAUUACAUUCCUCUGAUAACCACACAAAAAUAUUAUUGGUUAAAACUUCAGUCUUUAUUUCCCUGCUUAUCUCUGUACUUUUCAUCUUCUCAAGAAAAAAGCAUCCUGUUUUUGAUAAGUCUCCAAUAAUGCAGUAGAAGAGUUCUAUCUGUCCUCAUGUAUAAGACAUGAAAUUCACACACAAAAUAGAAUUUUCUGAUAGACACAAGAGCUACUUUAUAGUUUAUGAUCUGUCAUGAUAAAAGUUUUAACCUAUGCAGAAAAAUUGCAUGUGACUUUCAGAAUAGGCACUCUAUUUAUUUCAUUCUCCAGAAGUACUUUCUUACUUCCUGUAGUCCCUCUGACUUCAGUCUGCCAGUGUUAAGGUAAAUGAUAUCUUAAUUUCACCUUUUAAGUAUACCCUACAACAAUUCAUAAAAUGAAUUCAGAAUUCAUAGUUCAUCUGGGUAUAAAUACAAAGCAUCAGAUGUUGUCUCUUAAUCUUUUCCAGAUUGCCCCGUAAGUCAACAGGUAACAUUAUCCUCUUAGUCUGGCAUUGAAUCCAAUGAUUUGAAAAUAAAAUUCUGAUUUUACUAUUAAUGUAACUGUAGCAAUUAAGUAUCACUUUCUCAUGGUAAGCUGUACCACGGACAUGCGUUUCUGCUCAGGUCUGUUAGCGUUCCUUCAUAACCAACAUCCACCGGUGUUCUGUUAUUAAAUCACUAACGCAUGCUGUAGCAGUGGGUCAGGAUGACUGUGCUAAUACUCAAGAAGUCAGUUAAUUCGGUACGUGAUACCCAUGGGUGUGGGGUGGCUGGAGUCUUCAAAUAUGACCUAUUUACAAAACUUCUUGCUUACCUAAACUCUGGCUUGAAGUUUACUGCCUGAAGAACGGUUUGAAUAUGUGAAAUUCUCCCUGCUUCCUAACUAACAUACAUUUUUAACGAGACCAAUUGAUGAAACCUUGUUGUUUUUUUUCAUGCUUAUUCACAUAUUGACCCAUUUAACCGUUUUGGUUUCAUAACCUCAUCUUAGGAGAAUAGCUUCCAGGCUUCUUUUAGUUGUCUUCAAUCAGUGCAUCCUGCCAGAAAAGCUUUCUCUUUUUUCUAAAACGUGCUUUCCAUCACACACGCACACCCCCCCCAAAAAAAAAAAAAAAGUUUUGCGUCGCCAAACUGCGGCUCUGGCUGAUCUGAGCAACUCAUGAUGCACCCACCUCAGCUACACACCAGAUGACAGCAGUGGACAAAAGCACUCCUUCAGCAUGCCCGUAGCCCCAGCACACAAAUGGCAUGGUUUUGUGCCAGCUGAAAGCAGUCGUGGACCCGGGGAGCUCUCAGCGGGAGGGCUGUAGCCAGCUUGCAGACUCCCUGCCACCUCGCCCGCUGCAAAGAGAGAGAAACACGCUGCGUGCAAAGGCAGCGCUACCAGCUGCUGGCCGUGCUGAGCACAACUAUUUAGCUGGGGCUGAAUGGCAGCUUCGUACUUGUUAGUUUUUGUGCGUCGCGUGGUUCUGUUUUAAAUAAAGUUGCAGAGAGAGGGUAUACUAAUUCCAUUGUCUGUGAGUUUCGGUGCUUGGAAAAGAUAAGUAUACAUGGACAAGAUUGCAAACCGAAGUUGUUUGCACUCUGAAGAAAUUCACUUCAGUGCAUGAGAGGACGUUUCCUUGCCAGUCAUCGCCUUUUCUACUGGCACAGAUGCCAGUUAGUGUCAAUUCUGAUUUAUUGGUUGGGGGGAGGAUCGUUGUUCAGGAGGAAUGAGAGUGAGAUCAGCAAUUCAGCCUCCGAGACCCCCCACACGCUGCGAGGAGUGGUAAUCUUGCAUGGCUCCCGACCCGGGCUGGAUUGGAACCAGUGAUGUAGAGGUUGGAACAAUGCUCCAGCUCAUCCCCUAAGCUAUUCGCUCCCAUUCCGUGUAGGGUAUGUUGAUUGUGCUUUUAUUUAAAGUGCUUCAGGUAGGAAAAAUGAAUAUUUACAAUUAAAUAUAUGUAAAUGGAAGUGGAAAGGCUUGAUUGGAAAAAUAUCAAGUUUCUAAUACAUAUUACUAUACUAAGACCUCCCACACAAGACAAACAUUUAUAGUCAGACCUAAUAAAUAUUCCUUUCUGGUUCCAGUGCUAAUGGAGAGCCACAGAGGUAUCAAAAUCUUUUUGUUUGCAUCUCCGUCCUCUACAGAACUGGAAGACUGUUUGAUCCAAUUUGGUUCUGGUUUAUUCUGUGUGAUGCCAUGCCUCUACUCGACACUUUUUACAGAUUGCUAUAAAUGUUGGCUGGGCUGGCUAAAACCGAUUGUUAUGUUGUACCUUGUAACUCUUUUUGUGUGACUAUGCAAUGUACAAGGGGCAGGUGAUCCUUGCAAAUGUCAAACAUUAAAAGAAAAUAUUAAGCUAUU